UUUCUACUUCCGGGUUAAGCGAAUGCUGCAGGAGCAAUGACAUUGUAUCAAACAUUUGAUAACUCUGGCAGUCGUGUGGUUUCCACGUUGUUAAAGUACAUGCUUUGAGGAGCCAAUAAGUGUUCGGCCGUGUUGUAAACAUGUCUUCUAGUCCGCCAGGGUUUACGGAGGAGCAGCAGCGCCGAACAGCGCAGCAGCAGUCUCCUUUGGGAGUAGACUACAUCCCCACAGAGGAGGAGAAGAGAGUGUUGAGAGAGUGCAACCAUGAGAGCUUCUUGUAUAGAUCGGUGCCCUUCUCUGUGGUCAGCAUGGCGAUAACUCAAGCCCUAGUUGCCAGAGGGACUCUGUCUCCAUCUCCCAGGUUUGGAUCUUUACCUAAAGUUGCCUUUGCUGGCUUCUGUGGCUACCUGGCAGGCAAACUGUCAUACAUGAAAACAUGCCAGGAAAAGUUCAAGAGGCUGGAGAACUCUCCUCUGGGAGAGAUCCUGAGGCAGAGGGCGGGGAUGCCUCAGCAUUACUCCGGCGGUGCUCAGUCAGAGCUUAGCGACCCAAACAACCCCUCGUUUGACACCAUGUUCCAGCCUGCUGAGUCACCAGGCGCAGCUUCCAGCCAGACCAGAGAUCAAGGAUUCAGCCCUGACUCUCCUGUGCAAAUGGGCAGAGCAGAUGACUACAGUUCUCCAGCAAAGUCGUAUUUGGAGGAAGACGAUGAGCCUCGGAAGAAACCCAUCCUCUAUGAGGACCUGAGACUCAAAAACAGGGAGAACUAUGAGGUGACAAUGAUUCAGAAGGCUGACACCAUGCUCAAAGCGCCGGCAGAGAGGGACCCAGAGAGAGGCAAGAAACAGGUGAAGAAGAACAUCUACGGAGACACCUGGGAGGAAUGAGUCUCCAUCGGAUGGAUCUUCUUCUCGUGCUCCAACAUCCCUGAUGACCAUGAGGCGUUGGGCGCUCAGUCCUUUCUGCUUUUCUGACUGAGAUUGUGAUACAUGUGACGUUGCAAGUGUGAAUAAAAAAACAAAGUGA